UCUGAUGUUGUUGUUCUGAAGCAACAUGUUGAUUAAGCUGACCCUGGGACUUUGGCCCCUAACAGUGUAUUAUUAACUCUAUAAGAAAUCCAUGCCCCCUGUACACCUUCACUGACUGCAUUUGUCAGCUUUUAAAAACUUUUUACCCAGGACUUUUGGACGGCGGGGUGUGGGAGGAAUGCUGAUUUGGUUCAAAUCAAUUCACUCACUGUGAAUGUUCGUUCAGUAAGAACCUUGGAGCUGCUAUUAGCACGACAGGUGGAUUUAAGCUCCUAGCCACAGAAAUGGAUUCUGGAAAGAAGCUUUCCGGAACCCUAGCAUUGGCGGUGUUCACCGCUACGCUUGGGUCCUUGCAGUAUGGAUAUGGCCUUGGCGUCAUCAACGCGCCCCAGAAGGUCAUAGAGAAGCAUUAUGGGCGCUCACUUGGUGUUCUACCACAGAACUUCACUCGCUCCCUCAAUAGCACUGAAGAUGAAGAGCCCCAUCCUUUAGUUGUCAUGUAUUGGUCCCUCUCCGUGGCAAUCUUUUCCAUUGGGGGCGUGUGCUCUUCCUUCCUGGUUGGUUUUGUGGGAGACCUACGGGGCAGGGUAAAAGGGAUGCUGAUGGUGAAUGUCCUGGCCAUUGCUGGAGGCCUGCUCAUGGGCCUGUCCAUACUGGGAAAGCCUCACCUCAUGGUGAUCUCAGGCCGCGCCGUGAUGGGACUUUACUGCGGCCUGUCCUCUGGGCUGGUGCCCUUGUACAUUGGGGAGAUCGCGCCCGUGGAGUAUCGAGGCGCACUGGGAACGCUCCACCAGCUGGCCAUCGUCACGGGCAUCCUUAUCAGUCAGGUCAUCGGGCUGGACUUCCUGUUGGGCAAUGACGCAAUGUGGCCGCUGCUGCUGGGCCUGUCCGGGGCGCCGGCUGUUCUCCAGAGCCUCCUGCUGCCCCUGUGCCCCGAGAGCCCCCGCUACCUCUUCAUCAAGCUGGGCAAAGAGGAGGAAGCCCGCAAGAGCCUGAAGAGGUUAAAGGGGGAGUAUGACCCUUCCGAAGACAUCGCAGGGAUGAAGAAAGAGAAGGAGCAGGUCAUGAGGGAGGAGCAGGUGUCCAUUUUGAAGCUGGUGCGCUCCUCUCAGUACCGCCAGCAGCUGCUUGUGGCCCUGAUGAUGCACCUGUCCCAGCAGUUCUCUGGGAUCAAUGCUAUAUUUUAUUACUCUACCGCCAUCUUCCACAAGGCAGGCAUCACCCAGCCCGUGUACGCAACCAUCGGGGUGGGCGUCAUAAACACCAUUUUCACCAUGGUUUCGGUGGUGCUGGUUGACCGUGCGGGCAGACGGACAUUGACUCUAAUUGGAUAUGGGGGGAUGUGCUGCUGUGCAGUCACCAUGUCUGUUGGCCUGGUCUUCCUGUCGACCUUCGCCUGGAUGAGCUACGUGAGCAUGACGGCCAUCUUCCUGUUCGUCUGCUUCUUCGAGAUUGGCCCGGGGCCUAUCCCGUGGUUCAUCGUGGCAGAGCUCUUCAGCCAGGGCCCCCGUCCGGCUGCCAUGGCCCUGGCCGGCUUCUGCAACUGGAGCUGCAACUUCGUCAUCGGGAUGUCCUUCCCGUACAUCGAGGCUCUGUGUGGAAGCUAUGUCUUCCUUAUCUUCGCCGCGAUCCUAUUCGGUUCCACUGUCUUCACGUACUUCCGCGUCCCUGAGACAAAGGGAAAGACUUUCGAGGAGAUAGCGGCUGAGUUCCACCACCGGCGCCACCAUCCACCUCCCGACUCCAGCGCCGUCACAGAGCUGGAGCUGCUCAAGUCCUCCACAGAGGCUUAAGGACUAUUACAACCAUGAGGCAGCGCUGCUUUUCACAGCUAUGUCUGUUACGACCUUAUCAGUGUUCAUUUUAAUAACCCUUAUAUUUUCGGAAUCUUUUCAUAAAUUAUCAAAGUUUCGACGAAGGAUAGUUAGUGACCGCAUCUUUUGAAUUAUUUGAAGUUGCAUUUUACAAAAUGAUUUCAUAAUUACAGUAUUAUUCUGUAUCCAGCACUACAAGCAGUGGAGUUUAGUUGUCCAGCGCAAUACCCGCACAGCUGUGCUUUGGAUGAUGCACUUGCU